CAAACAUUUUCUCUGUUUUUUCAACAAUGCAGAGGUCAACAAAACUUAGUGGUGAAGAAGAGUUUUCAAUCAUGGUUGCUGCUUUAACCAAUGUGAUUACUGGUGCUGCAACAAUUCCAUCAUUACCUUGUACGAGUAGUAUGUCGCCGCCCUUGUUUCGCGUACCGGAAGAAACAGAGCGUUGUCAAUUCUGCAAAAUAAAUGGUUGUUUAGGCUGCAACUAUUUUGCAACCUCAUCAGCUGCAGCUGGCGUUAACAACAACAAGGCAUUAAACAUUGUUGGGAAGACGAAAAAGAAGAAGAAGAAUUACAGAGGAGUGAGACAGAGACCAUGGGGAAAAUGGGCAGCGGAAAUUAGAGAUCCAAGAAGGGCAGCUAGAGUAUGGCUUGGAACAUUUACUACAGCUGAGGACGCAGCUAGAGCUUAUGACAGAGCAGCUAUUGAAUUUAGAGGUCCAAGAGCUAAGCUUAAUUUCUCAUUUACAGAUUACACAUCAAUUCAACAACACAAUAAUAAUAAUAAUAAUAAUAAUAAUACACACAUGCAAGUGCAACAACAACAACAACAACAACAACAACAACAACAAUCAGCGCCCUCGCAGUUACAACAAGGAAUGAACACAGAAGAAGAAGAGUUCUGGAAUCAAUUGAUGAAUUCGGACAAUGAAAUUCAACAUUAUCUUUAUAGAGAAUCAUCUGAUUCUGCUAAUGGCUAUAUUGCUCAUAGCUUCUAGGAAGCAUUUUGCAUGCCCUUUCAGUAUCAAAUUAAAUUUGUUUUUUCAAUUAAGAUUGUGACAUAAAUAGUUAGGCGACAUACUGGAGUUUUGACAAACUGAGAGAAAAAUCACCUGAUGAUUUUGAUGGCACCUAACCGUACCAACUUCAACGAAAUUAAAUAUAUUUAAUGAAUGAAACGUGCAUAAGUUGAAGUUAAAUAUUGACAAAUUAACAGUGUUCACACCAGGAGGAGUAUUGAGUAAUAAGGUUAUCCUCUGACAUUCAGACCAUACUUUAUUAUAUACUAAUUUAUCAA